AUGGAGGUUGACACUGAGGUUCCUGCCGUCGCGCCCCAAGGCAGCCCUGUCAUCAGAGACAAGGACUACCUCUAUGCCGGGCGGCGCGCCUUCGCCGUCUGGAUGGACUGGCAUGAGUGGCAGCAGGUCUACCGGGCGCUCUUCGCGGCCGAGCUGCAUCGGGACGCCACCAAUGACGACAAGCUGCGUGGCCUCGCGCGCAUCGCCACCUGGCGCGCUCGCAGUGAUGUGCCCGUUGCAAUCGAGGUCACGGCGCAGCUGGCAGAGAUCGGCUGCCACGACGGAGCGUACGGCCUCGCGACGCCUGGCCGGUCCAUGUACCGGUCGUACGAAGAGCUGCGGCUGCUGUACGCGGCCACGAUCUUGCGCUGCGUCAACGGUCUCGUCGACGCGUCGCAGAAGGGCGCGUACGCGAUGCCGGUGAGCACGCUCGCCAUGCGCAUCGGCAUCCCGCUCUGGGUCGUCGAUAUUCGGCACGAGUCGGCGCACACCAAGCUGCCGGCGCUGCCGACGCUGCAGCUCGCAGCCCAGACGCUGUGGAAGUGGCUUUUUGAGCACUAUUGGCAGCCGCAGGAAGCCUCCAUUCUCGAACGCGUCGCUCGCAUCGAGGGUCUCCUGCGUCGCUGUCUCGAAACAAACGAGCCGCUUGGGCCGCUCAUGGUGCAGGAUCUCGACGCGCUCGCAAAGAUCGUUGUGCCCCUUCUCGUCUCCGGCCCACCGUACACGUCGUCCGCUGCAGCGGCCGAUCCCACGACACCCAAAGCUGUGGGCUUGCUCUUGGCGCCAAGCACGAACGAGGCCAGCGCGAUUGCGCUCUGCUGCGAACUCCAAGCCAUCUGGCCGCUCCUGGACGCCGCCAUGGUGGUCGCGCUUGCCUCGCACGUGACUGCGGAUCCGUCGAUGGUCGCCAGUGCCUCCAAGUGGAUUUUCUUCUUUGCCCAGGGCGACGCGUGGGCGCGCAGCGAUACCUUUUUCGACGGGCUUGCCGAAGCCCACGCGAUUCUGCGUCAGAGUGACCACCCAGACGUCCGACCGCUCUGUGGCACACUCGCCACGUACAUCGACCUGCCCACGACGCACGCCCGACUCAACAAGCCCGAGGCGUCGGCAGCAGCAUGGACGCGCUGUGCUGCUUGGACGCCGACGCCACUGGGUCUCCACACGCCGUUUGGCGCCGUAUGCAAGGACUGGACGUUCCGCGACGCUGUCGAUGACUUGAAUGCGGGGCACAUGGUGCUGCUGAGCGAGCUCCCGGCAGAAGCCCCCGACGCACUCGAUCCGCUCGCGGCCUACGAAGCGUCCUUCUUUGACAAACUCACGCAGGCGGUCGACUUGGAUUUAGCCAUUGCCAACGAGAUUGAGCAAGUGGGCCAGAACAGCCACAACGAAAGCGUCCCCGACGACGAAGUCUCGCGCCUCCACGACGCCAUUGAGAUUUGGUAG